AUGAGACUACGGCUUUGCGUUCUGCUCCUUCUGCUCCACCUUGGCUGUUUAACUGUGACAUGGGCGAGCAGCAGGCACUCCUGUGGCACUGACAUCUGCAAAGAAGGCCGCUGGGAUGGCCAUCAACGCCAGGACGACUACGAUGAGCACAUGGUUUACAGACAAGGCGCCGCGGAGAGUCAGAGGAGAGUCCGCGUUGAGUCAGUGGCACGCGAUGAUCGUGGCAACGAAAGGCGCGAGGAAACUAGGGUUCGUUUGGACUCAUCCCUGCGACUGGAGGCUCGCGAAGAUCGUGAUGAGCGACGUGAAGCUCGGGAAGAGCGGGAGCAGCCUCGUGAAACCCGUGAAGUUCGAGUGGACAGGCGUGCAGCUCGAGAAGACAAACUACUGGAGGUUCGCGAAGCUCGUGAUGAGCGACGUGAAGCCCGGGAAGAGCGGGUGCAGCCUCGUGAAACACGUGAAGUUCGAGUGGACCGACGUGAAACUCGUGAAGAUCGAGUAGACCGACGUGAAUCCCGUGAAGAUCGAGAGGACCGACGUGAAUCCCGUGAAGAUCGAGUGGAGGGUCGUGAAGCUCGCGUCGGACCCGUUGAGCAACGCGAUGCUCGUGACAAUCAAGUUGAGCACCGUCAAAUUCGUGAGAACCGAGAGCAGCGACGUGAAACUCGAGAACAACGAGUUGAGCGACGCGACGUCCGCGAGGAACGUGUGGAGCGACGUGAUGCCGACGAAGAGCAACGAGACACUCGUGAGGUUCGCAAUCAGCCUCGUGAGGCACGUGAGAAACUGGUGGAGCGACGUGAGGAGCGCGAAUCGGACAGGCGUGACUACGAAACUCGACGAGUAGCAGGGAACGACAGACGACUCGAACGCCGAGUAGAACGUGAAGUGUCCAGACGCGAGGAACGCGUUAAUCGCCGUGACGAAGGAGCUAGGCUAGACAGGCAAUUGUCCCGACGCAUGGAGCGUGAACAACAAGAGCGAGACCCUGAGCAACGAAACGAACGGGAGAAUCUUCGACGAGCAGAAGACCGGCGUGUUGAACGACGCGAAGAGCGAGAGAACCGAGUACGAUUUGUUUUGGAUGACAACUCUCGACGAAGCGAAGACCGCAAGGAAGAGCGUGACAAUGAACGCAGGGUACAGCGACGGGAAGAGCGAGACUCAGCUAGGCGUGUAGAGCAAGAGGAAGACCUCGACAGGAUCAACCAGCGCCGGGAAGAGAAUGAAGUCGUGCGCCGUGCAGAACAAGAAUCCUUCCGUCGAUUCGACUUGCGAAGAGUGCAGGAAGACGUUAUUCGCGAUGAGGAGCGAAGGGUGGAGAGCAAUAUUAAUCGUAGAGAAGACCGUGAAGAUGAACGCAGGGAGGAACGAGCCGAGCGCAGGAUGGAGCGCGUCGAAGAAGAAGUGCGGGCGGAAGAACGAGAACGAAAGGAAUCCCGACGAGUUGAGCGAAGAGAAGUUCAACGGCGAGUAACUGGAGACGAUUUCCGAACUAGCGAGCGGCGUGAGGAGCGAGAGGACACACGUCGAGUGGAGCGCGAUGGUCUGGGAAGAGAGGAACAAGAAGUUGAGCAAGACGAGGAGCGCCGAGUGGAGAGCGUCGAUAUCCAAAGAGAUGAUCUUCAAAGGGAAGAUCUUCGCCGAGAAGUACAGCGCCGCGAGGAACGGGUAGACCGUGAACGUGUUGAACGCCAGCUUUCCAGACGAGAGAUUCGUGAGCCAUUGGAAGAGCGUGUACUGCUUACCACCCAAGUGAAAUCCAAAGGCUGGUUGAGCUAUGGCAAACGGGAACUGCUGAUGACCGGGCAGAUCCUCCUCCUCGCCGCUCUCUACAAGAAGUCUACGGCCGGCGGCAAGGGCUUUGGCCAUGCGCUGAGUGAGCAGAUCCAGGGCUACUUGCAGGCCAUUGGAUGCUAGGAUGCACAAAGGAAAUCGACGGCCCUCCCCAAAUGAGCAAACGGAUAUGGAUCAAGGAAAACAGCAUUACUACCCACAGAAAAUGCAAACGGACCCGACAGCGAGCUACGAGCAGAGGGAUGGGAUGGGAUACUCCGCCGGAGCAUUGUACAAUUUAAUCCAACUGUUACUGUAACCAACAAACCCUUCCCCUUUCCUGUUGUAGCCAACAAAAGCAUAACGAAAAUAUAUGAUGGGAUGCUCGAGUAGCCGAGCAUCUGCAAACUG